ACCGCAGGUGGAAGUGGAUGCGAGCAGAGGAGCGGCGCUGCCGCCGCCGCCGCUUCCUUUUUGCCCUUCCCUCCUCCCCAUGGAGCAACUCAGAUCCGUGUUCAUCAGGUCACCCUCCUCUGCCGCAGCCCACUGUUCCUCCUCCUGCACAGCGGCGGGGAAAGAAGAGGGCGAGGAUGGGGAUAGGGCGUCGCAGGAAGCCUGGCAACAGAAGCAGGAGGAGGAGGAGGAAGAGCAGCAACAACCCACCGCUAACCUGUACUGGACGGCCGUCUUCGAAUAUGAGGCGAGCGCCGAGGACGAGCUCAGCCUGCGCAAGGGCGACGUGGUGGAGGUGCUCUCCAAGGAUUCCAAGGUUUCUGGAGAUGAAGGCUGGUGGACGGGUAAAAUCAAUGACCAGGUUGGCAUCUUUCCCAGCAACUAUGUCACCAAUGCCCCAUGUUACAGCAAGUUGCAAGAUACCAGCACAGAUGUUUACCCUCAUCCCUUGGAAACGGACUUCAAUGAGCUGCAGCUGGAGGAGAUUAUUGGCAUUGGUGGCUUUGGCAAAGUUUACAGGGGCAUCUGGAGACUGGAGGAAGUCGCCGUUAAAGCAGCUCGGCAGGACCCAGAUGAGGAUAUCAGCCAGACCAUUGCGAAUGUUAAGCAGGAAGCAAAACUGUUUGCCAUGUUGAAGCAUCCUAACAUCAUAGAUUUGCAGGGCGUUUGUCUAAAGGAGCCCAAUCUCUGCUUGAUCAUGGAAUUUGCCCGCGGGGGCUCCUUAAAUCGAGUGUUGGCAGGCAAGAAGAUUCCACCUCAUAUACUUGUCAACUGGGCAGUUCAGAUUGCACGGGGCAUGAAUUACUUGCAUGAAGAAGCAAUUGUUCCUAUUAUCCACCGGGACCUCAAAUCCAGUAACAUUUUGAUAAGCGAGAAGGUGGAGAACGACGGACUGAAUAACAAAACACUGAAGAUCACGGACUUUGGCCUGGCACGUGAGUGGCACAAGACCACCAAGAUGAGUGCCGCGGGCACCUAUGCCUGGAUGGCACCAGAGGUUAUCCGGUCUUCAAUGUUCUCCAAAGGAAGUGAUGUCUGGAGCUAUGGAGUGUUAUUGUGGGAGCUGCUGACGGGAGAGGUUCCGUUCAGAGGGAUUGAUGGGCUGGCUGUGGCUUAUGGUGUAGCUAUGAACAAAUUGGCCCUUCCUAUCCCUUCCACCUGUCCAGAACUUUUCAGCAAACUAAUGGAAGAUUGCUGGAACACCGAUCCUCACUCUCGCCCAUCAUUCGUCUGCAUCUUGGAGAAGCUCACUGCUAUUGAAGAAUCCGGCUACUUUGAAAUGCCUCAGGAAUCUUUCCACUCCCUGCAGGAAGAGUGGAAGCUGGAAAUCCAGGAAAUGUUUGAGGAACUCCGGGAAAAGGAGAAGGAACUGCGGAGCUGGGAGGAAGAGCUGUCCCGUGCAGCCUUGCAGCAGAAGAACCAGGAGGAGGUGCUGCGGCGUCGGGAGCAGGAGCUGGCCGAGCGGGAGAUAGACAUCCUGGAGCGGGAGCUCAACAUCAUCUUCCAACAGCUACACCAGGAGAAACCCAAGGUGAAGAAGCGCAAAGGCAACUUCAAAAAGAGCCGGCUCAAACUCAAAGAUGGCAACCGGAUCAGCCUUCCCUCUGAUUUCCAGCAUAAAAUCACCGUGCAGGCCUCUCCCACCCUGGACAAGAGGAAGAGUCUGAUCAGUAACAGCUCGAGCCCCCCAGCAAGUCCUACCAUCAUCCCACGUCUCAGGGCUUUUCAAUUAACACCAGGUGAAAGCAAUAAGACCUGGGGCCGCAGUUCAGUGUUUCAGCGAGAAGAGAGUGAUGAGGAAGAGAAAAAAGGGCAUAGAAAGAAAAGUCGAACCAGGGGCCCCAGCUCUUUGCACCAGAAGGACCUUGGUGGUGUGGAAGAGAGCCUUAAGCAUCUGGUCAACGGAAGCAAAGACUGGCCAUCCAGUGCCUCCAAUCCAGGGAAAAUUCAUCGGACAGCUGCCAUAGUUCCCAGGUUUACUAGCCUCGAUGAAAUAGAACAUGAUGGGAAUGCCAUUAAAGAUUGCGAUCCUAGAUUGCAACAAUCUGCGUUCCCCACCCAGUCCUACCUCACUUUACCUUUCUACUGUAAUGAUGAAGUGGAGGGUGAUGUUGGUGACAAUAAUGAGGAGCCGACUCCAGCGAACUCCACCACCAGCACCCCCCAGCACACCCCCACUAAUAGCUGUAAACGUGGCUCACAAAGGAAGAAGUGCGACUUUGUCCUCCUGGGAUGUGGGGCCGUCCUGGCAGGGGUGGCUUUGGGGUUUGACUUGCUGGAGCUGGGAAAAUGCCAGAUUUUACAAGAAAUUAUUGAACCCAAGGAGGAGAAAAAAAAGGAGGGCAUUUUCCAGCGCACCAGCCGACUGCGAAGGAGCAUCAGCCCUCCUUCCCGGAAUAUCUUCAAGAAGGAAGAAUUCAUCAUUCCCUCCUUCGAUCCAUCUUCCACAUUGACACUGCUGUCGUUGUCUUCCAUUUCUGAAUGCAACUCUACGAAGUCUUUGCUACGUUCAGACAGUGACGAAAUGGUGGUGUACGAAAUGGCCUCAACACCAAGUUCAAUGGACGAGGGCUCAGUGUUCAUUACAAAUCAUCCUUUGGUAGACAUAACCAUCGAACGUUUCAAACGGGACCCUAACCAAUCAUUGACCCCAACUCAUGUGACGACAAGCAGCACCACCAGACACCAGAGUCACAGAAGGACUCCUUCCGAUGGGGCCAUUAAACAGAUUCCCCAGACUCUGAAUACGCCAUCUAAUGGCACCUUGGGCUCUGUUGCUGCAGGUAUAGGUAAAACCCCAAGCCCUAACAGGGAUCCAACAGAAGUCCCUCGUCUGCCUGAUCCCAACCUGGUCUUUCCUCCCACUCCGAGACGAAGAAACAUGAAGCAAGAUUUCACCCUGGAAAGGCCCAAGACUUUGGAAUUUGUGCCUAGGCCACGUCCUUCUGCAAAUCGUCCACGGCUAGAUCCGUGGUGGAUCGUUUCGCCCACUAAAAUGUACAGCAACUCCCCUGUUAAUAGUUCCAGUACUGAGACGCCAUCCAACCUGGAUUCCUGCCUCAGCAGCAGUGGCACAGUGGAGGAAAGGCCAGGGCUCCCACCCUUUCUGCCCCACAGGCAAGGACAUGCUGGCUGCGAGCGGACAUUGUUAGACACAGAUGUGGAAGGUCAGAGUCGUGAUGGAACACUUCCCCUCUGCAGAGCAGAAAUGAACCUGCGCAGGAUAGCAACCCACGAUCAGGAGCAAAAUAUCUGGUCAUAGCAGCAUGCUUAAUUUCACAGGAAUCUAUGAAAGGAAUUUGCACUGGGAAUGCACUUUUACAUAAGGACUGGUUUGAACUGAGUGCCAUCUAAUACCGUCCAAGGAACUUGACGAACUUCAAAUUUGGAAUCAAGAUCCACAAAUUCAUUCUCUCAACAUAAAAAACGCUGUUCGAAUCUAUUCAAUGGAGUUCCACUCAUGUUGCUCCAAAACCUCGCCUUUAAAUGUACGUAAUUGAAAUAUUUUUUAUGUAUUCCCAUUCUUGUUCACUUUGACAUUGUUUAGAACCAUGUCACAGUAAAUAGAGGCUGUUCAAGUAGGAUCCAUUACUACGAAAAAAACUUGUCUGUAUUCUCCUGUGUUGUAAUCUAUUUAGUCAGUUUCAAGGUAAGCAUGUCGGCAGAGUCUAAAAGCAUGACCAGAUUUAUGCAUAUCCCAAUAACCUAUCAAUAAUCCCAGAUAACCGUAUGUCUGAGACCCUGCAGACCUGGUACCAAUUUGUUUUUUACUUCUUGCAGAAGGAUGGCAAAAACAGCAAAAUGGGGAAAGUUUAGGACUGAGAGCAAAAGUGUAGAAGUAAUCUAUUAUUCCACAACCUGAGAUCAGUAAUGAUUUUAAAACCAACAUUUGGGUCUAACGAGAGGCUCAGUGAAUGGACACCACCGUUUGAAGUGAAUGUACAAACCUUCUUAUCACCCUCACAACUGUUACAAAGAUUCCAUCACACUGGGAGACUACAAAGUAUUUGUAUUGUGUGUUUUCUCCAUCCUGGUUUGGCCACCUUUUUGUGAUCUGUGUUCCAAACCAUCUCAUCUGUCUUGAUGGUUUCCCUGUAUAAACCUUCACAAGCUUUUAGCAUGGUUUACGGGUGGGGAGGAAUUGAAUAGACAUAUCGGUCACAAGAUUAAACUUGGGUAGCCUCCCUGAAAUGGUUUUGAAUUUUUAUUUUAAAAUUGGGAUUGAGGACAUCAGCUAUUGAGGAACGCUUCAUUACAGUCUUAGAAUUAACAAUAAUUCUCCCAACUGUUCAGUCAGCUAUGGUAUAUAAUUGUACUUGCUAAAUCUAAGGAUCGGGAUCUAAUAUUCCAGAGUUCAUCUCAAGCCCCUAUAUGUCUGAUCACUAGUAUUUAAUGCUUUUUGGGGGGAGUUUAUUGCACUGAUUUUUUGAAAGUCAAAGAUGACUGUAUUUUAAUAAUGUAUAAUAAGAAAUUGGAAAAAGAUGUACUGUUGUUUCUGAGAGGGGGUGGCGUCAACUUUUGUUGAGCUGGAGUACAGGGUCUUUACAGUAUUUGGAAAUGGCCACUGCCUAUAAAUGUUUGCUCUAUGCCUUAUGAUUGUAAAUUAGUGGCACAUGCUUGAAAUAAUUUUCCAACAAAAUGACAGCACAGAUUGGUGAAACAUGGUUUGCAUGCAGAAAGGAGAGUUUUCUGUUGAUUCUGUUGAUGUUUCAUUUGAUGUGAUUGCUGUAAUAACCUUGUACCUCAAUUGGUUAUUUUCUUGCCACUGAGUGAGAA